AUGCCUCUCGAGAAGCUCGUCCGCAUAACAACCCUGAUACCCCGUAAGAAGGGCUUAUCCAAGGAUGCUUUCUACAAGCACUGGACGGAGGUGCAUGCCCCUCUUUGUACAGACUUUAUGCUGCGUCAUGGUGUCGUUGAGUAUCGACAAUAUCACACCACCGACGAAGCCAAGGCGCUCGGCGAGGUCAUGGCGAAGGCUGCUGGUCGUCCGAUGCUGGAAUACGAUGGCAUGAGCGAUGCAUAUGUCAAGGAUUUCAAGACAUUUGAGGAUGCAUUUCGGGACCCUGAGUAUUUGCAGAAGAUCCGGCCAGACGAGCUUGCUUUCAUCGAUGUCGAAAACCUGCAGAUGACCAUUGGCUACGAUUGGCUUGUUGUUGAGAACGGCAAGAAGUUGAUGGGACGCUCAACAAGAGAGUAA